AGCCCCGCGUCCUGGGAAGGAGGUCCCCUGCUCAUCGCUUUGCUCCAGGUGCUUUCCAUUCGCGAGACUCAAAGCAGCAGAGCGGCCACCCGACGCCCACUGGAGCAGACAGCAGCAUGCGGGUGCUGCCAAGCUUGAGCGGACGCGCCCUGCUGGCGCUGAUCAUCGCCUGCGGCGUGGCGGGGGUCCAGGGAGACGAGAGGGGAUUCCCACCCACCGGGGCCACUCUGCCACUUCCGGGACCCGGGGAGAUCAUGACGCCCCCCACUGAGGUUUCCUGGCCGCGGGAUGCCAACGCCAGCGUGCCGCUGACUUCUGCACCUCCGCAGAUGCCUCAAGGAGGGAGAACAGCUGGAGCCCGGCCACGCUCCCCUCCUCCGUGCGAGAAAUCCAUUGAGAUCAAGGAGACUUUCAAGUAUAUCAACACGGUGGUGUCCUGUCUAGUGUUCGUGCUGGGCAUCAUCGGGAAUUCCACACUGCUGAGAAUCAUUUACAAGAACAAGUGCAUGCGAAACGGCCCUAAUAUCUUGAUAGCCAGCCUGGCUCUGGGAGACCUGCUGCACAUCAUCAUUGACAUACCCAUCACGGUGUACAAGCUGCUUGCCGAGGACUGGCCCUUUGGAGUUGAGAUGUGUAAGCUGGUGCCUUUCAUCCAGAAGGCCUCCGUGGGAAUCACUGUGUUGAGUCUAUGUGCUCUAAGUAUUGACAGAUAUCGAGCCGUUGCUUCUUGGAGCCGAAUUAAAGGAAUCGGAGUUCCAAAAUGGACAGCAGUAGAAAUUGUUUUAAUUUGGGUGGUCUCCGUGGUUCUGGCUGUCCCUGAAGCCGUGGGCUUUGAUAUGAUAACCAUUGACUACAAAGGACGUUACCUGCGAAUCUGCUUGCUUCGUCCUACUCAGAAAACAGCCUUCAUGCAGUUUUAUAAGACAGCUAAAGAUUGGUGGCUAUUUAGUUUCUAUUUCUGCUUGCCACUAGCCAUCACUGCAUUUUUUUAUACUCUGAUGACCUGCGAAAUGUUGAGAAAGAAGAGUGGCAUGCAGAUUGCUUUAAAUGACCACUUAAAGCAGAGACGGGAAGUGGCCAAAACAGUCUUUUGCCUGGUCCUUGUCUUCGCCUUAUGCUGGCUUCCCCUUCACCUCAGCAGGAUUUUGAAGCUCACUCUUUAUGAUCAGAAUGAUGCUAAUAGAUGUGAACUUUUGAGCUUCUUGUUGGUGUUGGACUACAUUGGCAUCAACAUGGCCUCCCUGAAUUCCUGCAUUAAUCCUAUAGCUCUGUAUUUGGUGAGCAAAAGAUUCAAAAACUGUUUUAAGUCAUGUCUGUGCUGCUGGUGCCAAUCAUUUGAAGAAAAACAGUCCUUGGAGGAAAAGCAGUCGUGCUUGAAGUUCAAAGCUAAUGAUCACGGAUAUGACAACUUCCGUUCCAGUAAUAAAUACAGCUCAUCUUAGAAGAAGGAAUAUUCACUUAAUUUCAUUUUCUUUAUUUUGGACAGAAGUCACUAAAACAAUAAGGCAUUUGCCAAAACAAAACACCUGUGUGCUUGCACAAAACAAUGUAAAAGUGUAAGAAUGAUUAUUUUCUCAACACUCACAGUGACCCAUGACAUUCUACAAGCUAUUUAUCACAUGAGAAAAAGCAGUGAGAAUUAAGAAAGCCUCCUCAUGAAAGCACUUAAUUUUUUACAGCCAGCACUUCAAUGUCGCUCUUAAUAACUUCUAGUACAUUCGUGUACUGCUUAGUUUUAGGCUGAACGUACUCUGAAUUCCCAUUAAAGAGGUGAAUGUUUUAAACUAAUGUGAAUCUGAUAUAAAGGAAAAUUGUGUCACUGUAAAACAAAAUUUUUAAAUUAAGUUUAAAUCACUCAAUUUAAAAAUUUUUAAAAAUCCUUUCAAAGGACUUUUUUAAUUAAUGGUGUCAAACCAUUGGCUGGACUCUAAAAUGUGAAAGCAAGUUGAGCUGGUGUAUUUUUUUUUUUUUUUUGACAUUAGAAACCUAAUUGAAGGAUCAAGAGGUAGCAUCAGAGAGCUGAGGGUUUUUGAAAAUCAUUCACCUUUCUACAUUCCAGUAAGACCAAAUGUCACAAAGGGAAAGAGGGGAAGGCUUGGAAUGCUAUCCAAAAGACUGCUUUGAAAUCCCCUUCUCAUGGAUUCUGCAAAGAAAAUGCUACUUAUGGUUUUUGUCAAGAUUAUUAAAACAUUCUUUUUUCACUACUGUAGUUUAAACACUAUUUGUUUAGUUUUGUCAUCUGUAAAUACUUAGCUACAAUUAUAGGAUGUGCAGAGGAUUCAACAAAGGGCUGGGCCCAGCGUGUGUAUCUUUACAAUGGAGAGAAGCCAGUAACCCCAAACGGGACAGGACAUGAGUUCCCUGGAGCAGGGCCCACAGGGCGCAGGAGAAAGCAGCGUCCUGUCCCAUGAGCUGCAGUUAACAUGGUCUGUGGCAUUAGGUGUAAUAUGAUAAUUAAAACACUAUUUUGUGAAAUCACAAAAAUUAAUCAAUUUAACAACUAUCUGUAAAGCUUAUUACUAAUUUUUAUAUUAUUUCUGUAAAUAACUAAUAGAAAACAGUUACUGCU